AUGCUGCUCCUCGCCGUCAGCGGCCUCGUGCCUCCGCUCCGCUCGCUGCCGCUACUCUCGCGCCACGCAUACUCCUCCUCGAGCGGCGCGGCCUUCCCAGAGUCGACCAGCGAGGAUGGCACCGUCCACGUCCUCCACGGCCUCGUCUCGCCGGGAAGCCUCGCCGCGCUGCGCGAGGCAGCGCGCGAGGCCAUGUUUGAGUCGGAAGGCGACACGGUGGACGGCUCUGCCACCUACCUCGCUCCGCUCAUCGAGAGCGGCCGUGUCGUCGGCCGCGGCCCGCUCACGCGCCUCGCUCAGCCCGUGCUCGAGGAGAGGGUGCUUCCGUACGUGCGAGAGCGCACUGGCUGCGGCGGCGCGGUGGUCUGCGACGCGCUCGUGCGCCGCUACCUGCCCGGCGAGCGGCUCGGCCUCUCUGCGCACUUUGACGUCUCCGCCUUUGCGACCGCCGUGCUGCCGCUGUCGCCACCGGGUGAGCGCUACUCGCUCGUCGUCUGGUUCUCCGAGUCGGAGGACGCGCGCGCCGCGGCCGCCUGCCCGUGGGUGGAGCGCGCCGCCGCCGCCGGCAGCGCGCCCGCGCAGUUCGUGCUGGGCGGCUUUCGCUACCGGGGCGAGUUUGGGGCGCGGCGGGACGCGGCGGCGGCGGCUCGCUCCUUCGAGCGCGCCGCCGCGCAGGGCCACCCGCACGCGCAGCUGUGGGCGGCGACACUGCGCGCCAACGGGGAGGGCGUAAGCGGCGGCGCGGACUACGGCGCGGCGCACACCUUUUGGGAGGCUGCGGCGGCGCAGGGCCUGGCGGGGGCGCAGUACUCGCUCGGCAGCGCCUACAAGCACGGGCACGGCGUGGCUGCCUGCGAGGCGACGGCGGCGAGGCACUACGCCGCCGCCGCCGCGCAGGGGCACGGGUGCGAGAUGGUGCGGAGUGCGCCCGAGCAGGCCGUCGCUCGGCUGGCGUGCGACGUCCUCUCGCGCGGAGGCCACAUCGGCCCUCUCCGGUGCGGCGUCCGGCCGGACGGAGUGCGAGGCACGCCGCUGCUCGGCGUGCCCGAGGAGUGCACGCUGUGGGCGAGCGCGGCGGGCGGCUCUUCCGCCGGCGGAGAGGACGGCGGCGGCGGCGGCGGCGAGGGGGCUUGCAUCCCGUUGCUGCGCGACCGCACUGAGGAAGAGCUCGCCACGCUCUCCUCGCCCGCCCUCGCUUCCGCCGCGCGCUCGCAGCGCGCGUGGGCCGAGGCGACGGCGGAGCGGGUCGCACGGCGGGCGGGCGCGAGUGUCGAGGAGGCGGACUGGGCCGAGCGAGUCGUGCGGACGCGCGCGAUCCGCGACUCCGCGCCGGACGGCUCCGCGGCGCUGCGGCUUGUGCCGCUCCUCGACCUUGCAAACCACCGGGGAGGGGCGGGCGGCGGGGCGGACCCGAUCGUGCGCACGGGCGACGGAGUGGUCGCGCUGUGCGCCACCGAGGAUUUGGUGGCGGGCGACGAGGCGAGGAGCGAGGAGGAGCACGCGAGGGAGGUGGCUUCGGGCCGCGCGCGCUUCGGCCUCGGCGGCGAGAGAGGUGGCGGCGGCAGCGGGGACGGCGGCGAGGAGGACGGCGGUCGCUACAGCGGCGGCUUCCGCACCCACGAUGCCGGCGUCGGCAACGCCGGUCCCGAGGAGGCGUCUCUGCGCGGCGGCCACCUGGUGCACGCGACAGAGGCGCCGCUGCUAAGCGCAGAGCAGUGCGCCUCGCUGGUGGAGGAGGCGGCGGCGGCGAUGGCGGCGGGCUCGUCGUCGUCCUUCACGUACACGCGCAACGAGCGGCUCGGCGAGGUGCACGUGCACGACUUGCCGCAGGCGAGGGAGUGGCUCCGCGCCGAGCUCCGCCGCUCGCUCUUCCCGCUCCUCGCAGAGCGCUUCGGCGCAGAUGCCGCCGCCGGCGGCGGAGGCUUCCGCGCCGAGGAGCUCGCGGUGUACGACGCGCUCGUGAUCCGGUACGAUGCCGCGAAGGGCGGGACGAGGCAGCCGAUGCACCGCGACGCCGCCCUCCUCUCGGUCAACAUCGCCCUCUCCUCGCCCGACGAGUACGAGGGCGGAGGCACUCUCUUUCAGACGGUCGGCGGAGGGCCCGUCCGGCUCGGCCGCGGGCACGCGAUGGUGCAUGCGAGCGGCGUGCGGCACGCGGGCGCGCCCAUCACCGCGGGUGAGCGGUGGGUGCUCGUCGUCUUCGCCCUCGCCGAGGGCGUGCCGCAGCACGCGCGGCGAUGCGCCGAGCGAGGCGCCGAGGCGCGCCGCGCGGGCCGGCUGGCCGAGGCGCGCGCAGCCUUCGACGCGGCGGUGGUCGCUUGCCCGACGGACCACGAGGCGAGGCACGGGCUGGCCAUCGUGCAGCUCAUGCAGGGGGAGGACGCCGAGGCGCGCCGCAGCCUCGCCACCGCCGCGUCGCUCUACCCGGCCUGCCCCAAGCCGCGCAACGGACUCGGCGUGACGCCGUCGCAGCGUCGAGGCGCCUUUCUGGGCGAGAGGGGUGUCCCGACUGGAGUCGCGGUGCGCGGAAUAGGCUCGAUGCUGCUCGAGGCGGGACGGACGCGCGCCGCGCUGAGGCACUUCGAGGCCGCCCUCGAGCGGAGCGCCGAGCCAGACGACGACGACGGGUGGGACGCGUCGGUCAACGCGGCGCUCUGCACGCUGACGCUCGCCCGGAGGGGCGGCGCCGAGGCGGCACGCUGGCGGCAGCGGCUGCCGAAGGCGCGCUUGCGGCUGUGGCGCGCGCUCGCGAGCACCCCUUCCGACCGGCGGCUGCACUCGCUGCUGCGCGAGGUGGACGGGCUGGCGCCUCUGGACUCCGAGGAGGGGUGGGCCGCCGUGCGGGCGGUGAUGCGCGACGCGGCGGCCGCGCACCGGCGCCGAGCCGGCGCCGCGCUGGCGCGCUCCUGGACGCCGCCGCUGCUGCGGCCGGCGACGUGCGGCGGCACGCUCGUGAUCGCCUUUGCGGGCGCCGACGCGAACUUGGGCGGCGGCAUCCAGGGCGGCGUGCCGUCGCACGAGUUUGUGGCGUCGUGCCGGCGCGCGGGCGUGCAGCACGCCAUCUUUGUGCGCGACGCGAUGCGCGCGUGGUAUGUGCGCGGGCUGGGCGGCCGCGGCGGGAGCACCUUCGACGGCGCGCUCGAGCUGCUGCGCGCCGAGGUCGCGGCGGUGCGGCCGGCGAGGCUCGUGACGAUGGGCUCUUCGAUGGGGGGCUACGCGGCGGCGCGCGCCGGCAUCGCGUUGGGCGCGGACGCGGCGGUUGCCUUCUCUCCGCAGGUGCUGGUGAGCCCCGCGGCGAGGCGCGACAUGUCGCUGCCCGCCGCCCCGUUCGACAGCUUGCUCGAGGGCCUCGAGCUCGCUUGCGACGCCGAGGGGCUUCACGCCGCCUCCCUCGUCGAGGCGGUGCGCGAGGCGCCGGCGGGCGUGCGCACGCUGCUCGAGGUGCACGUGGGCGAGGACGCGCCCGGCGACGUCGCAGAGGCGGAGCUGCUGCUCGAGGCGGUGCGGGAGCGGGCGGGCGGGAGCGGCGAGGAGGAUAUCCGCUGCGAGAUGACUCGCCACGCCGGCCGCGACCACAAUUUGGUCACCGACAUGCGCGACACGGGCGAACUGCACGAGCUGCUCUGCCGCGUGCUCGCUCCCCCCAGCACAGCCGCGUCGGAAGGCGAUUCGGGGGAGGGGAUUCCGCACGAGUUUGUCGGUUUUGCGGAGUGCUCUGACUUUUAG